GUUUUUCUUUCACUGCUCCUGUAGUUUGGUGUACUAUGACUGAAAUCGUGGUCGGUUAUUGGUUACUACAUGCGUGAAAUUGAGGGAACCUUGGCUCCGUCUUCCUCAGGACGCGUUAAGAUCUUAUUCUAAUCCAUGACCAGGUUCAUUAAUCCUUCACUUUUAUCUCCUUCAAAGCUUUACUGCCAACCGAUUGGUACAACUCGUCAUCCAUUCUAUUCAUCGCGCAUUCUCUCAGGCCGCUGGCAAAGCGUUGCUUACUACAACUUCCGGUUUCUCAGCCAUAAACUCGUGUUGUCUCAAGUGCGCAAGAUACCACGCGAUUCCCUCCGUCUUGGAUCUAUACCUCAUUGUCGGUGCUAUACAACGUCAAGGACGACAUCUAGUCCAAUGGAGCUCAUUUCCGGGAUACCAGAAAAGUACGCGAAAGCGACUGAAUCAGGCGACUUGCUCUUUUUCCCCUCCACAACCACACUGCACCAGGAAAAUGGGGUAGAGUUCGAGAUCAGGCUAUGUCCUGCAUUGGAGAAGAAGCCCAAUUUGCCUCCGCCUCACUUCGACUCGUAUGAAGACUGCGAAAAGGCGGAGGGAACUAAGCCUGAUCCUUUUGCGCCGCCUCAUAAUGCGAACCUGUUGAUUGGUGAAUUGAAGGACGAGGAUGAGAGUGAAGAUUACGUUGUCCUGUUCAACAAGUACUCCGUGGUCCCACACCAUAUACUGCUCGUUACAAAAGAGUUCCAUUCACAAACUGCACCAUUGCUUCCUUCGGAUCUGGUGCAAACAUAUAAACUCUUGUUGGCAGCUAGGGAUGCAGGCCGGAAGUUCUUUGCCUUUUACAACUGCGGAACCCUGAGUGGUGCAAGUCAACCACAUAAACAUCUGCAGUUACUCCCAAUAGAUCCCGAUGGCCCACCAGUAGAACGUCUCGCACGCAAAGCCAAAUUAGAAGUUCCAGGUACGCUCGUGACCCUUCAUUGUUCAACUUUCAGUUUUAUUACCUUGAGGCUGAACAAAGAUUCUACUCCAGAACGACCAUUCGCGCUAAGCACCUUACCAUACGCAAACCACAUUCGCCGCCUACCGUCCUCCCUCUCAUCCUCAACCCCCUCCACAGAGUUAUCACACAUCCUCUCCGCAGCCUUCAUGUCCCUUCUCGACCUAGCCAUCAGCACCAUCCGACACGAUCCAAAUUACCCAAUAGGCCCACCCUCAUACAACGUCAUCCUCACUCUCGAACACAUGCACGUAAUACCCAGACGAGGAGAAACCUACACGUUGCAUGAGACGGGAGAGGAACUUAGCGUGAACGCACUUGGAUUUGCUGGGACCCUGCUUGUGAAGAGUGAGAGGGAGUUGGAGGCUGUGAGGAAGGAGAGCAUUGGGAGUAUUCUUAGAGGCGUCGGGUUGGAGAGCGUGCAUGACUUACAGGUAAACGAGGAUGUGCGUGAGGCGGGAGAUCAUGCAGACGAAGCUAAGACCAGUUAGAGUCUGUAGAUUCGUCACAUUCUAAUUCUCGUUAGAUGCACAGCCUAUAUACCAGUGGAUGACAGUAUCUCACCAUUAUAUGACCCUCGCUACUUGCGUAAAUCAAUAGUGUUGCCAAUGAACGUUAAUGAACCUC